UAUUGCUCGGUCCGAACCAGUUCAGAUACUUCUCCUGUAUUCUUUUAAGAGCUGUAUUUUGUGGGUCACAACCAUGAUAUCCUCACGUCUUUAAAAAGUGUUUACACUUGUUGUUAGGUAACGACAAUGCUGGACAAGGCAUAAAAGUAGAUAGUGCUGGAGUUGAGAGAUUUGACCAGUGAUAGCUCAGGGGUUCAUUUCUGUGAUUUAGCACAGCUGGAUUUAUAUCAGCAACAAACCAUACCUGACUCCACAUGAACCACAUGAACCCCCCCGUCCAGUGUUUAUUUUAAGUGGACUCAGCCGCACUUUCACAGGUGUGCACCUGAGUUUAAAAAAACAGUCUUCACAUCAUUAUAAAUUAAAAUUCUGUUUACCACCUGCUUACCCCAGACAGUAAUAUUGCUCAAAUAUUUCUCACAUUGUUGAAUAAAAGCAUUAGAAGAUAGGGGAGAAGGACAAAAAGGAAACAACACUUAUUUGUUACAGUUCUGUUGAUGCAGAAAUUACACACUUCACCUUAUUUCUUAAACAAGUAUUUAUUAAAAUAUUCCUGUAAAAGAAGUAAUAUCUAUUUUGUAAUAAAUUACAUUUAUUAAAAAAUGCUAUAUAUAAAUGUAUAGUAGUUACAUCUAAACUUAUUUUGACAUUUUUUUAAUGCACUAAUAGCGUAAAUGAUCUCAUGCUUGCAGACAGCUACACUGGAAAAGGAAAAAGUGCUGGAGGAGCUACAAAAAGUCAAGCAAAGCAAAAUGCAAGUAAUCAACGAGAGAACUCUGGAAUAUGUUAACAAGAAAACAGAGAAUUCAGGUUCAUUCCAGAAUUCAAAUGCAUUUGAAAUGCACACAAACCAAGUGAUGGUUGGUAACAGUCAGAGUGACGUCACUGACCCUAUACUUAGGAAAAGCUCAGUGUCUGAUAAAGGCAGGUCUGGAAAAAGCCAGACUGUUUCAUUCAAUAUCAUUGAUUCUGAUUCCUCCAUCGAUCUCGCUUCGGACUCUCCUGUAACAAGUAAAUCAAAAGGGCUGAAAAUGGAGUCUUCUUCUAACAAAAUUCAAGGUCUCAGAGGGCGGAUAAGUAUUAAAAAGUUGGUCAAAACAAAAAUAAUUACUCAGGAAAUUGUGCUCAAGUUGCAAACAGGCCUCAUCACUGUAGAGGAGAUUGAAGCGUCACUUGCUCAAUUCAUCGGUAAACCAUCCUCAAUUGCAGGUGUUUACAUGGAGUCUAGCAAGAAAAAGCUGUCCUUUCUAGAUGCUGUUGCAGGAGGAUUUAUGUCUAAAACCUAUGCCAUUGAGUUUCUGGAAGCGCAAGCUGCCACAGGAUGCAUCAUUGAUCCCAUGACAGGUGAAGGUUACUCACCUUUAGAAGCUUUUGAGAAAGGUAUCAUUACUGGUGACCUCAAGGACAAAAUAAAUGAAGCGUACAAAGCAGUCAGUGGUUAUACUCACGCUGGAAAGAUUCUCUCAGUGUUUCAGGCUAUGGAGGAGAGAAUUCUGGACAGACAUCGAGGGAAAGCAUUAAUCGAAACUCAGAUUGCCACUGGAGGGUUAAUACACCCAUUGAUAGGAAUUAGGGUACCCGUGGAUUGUGCACUAGAGCAGGGGCUCAUAAACCAAGCCACCCUUCAAAGUCUGUACGAUCCAGUCAGUAACCCAAAAGAUUUUCACUUCCCAGAAACAGGGCAGAAGGCGUACUAUAGUGAACUGCUCAGAAUCUGUGUAUAUGAUGUCAACGGUGGAGUAUAUCUUCUUCCUUUUGGUGACCAGCAUCUGUACACCCUCUCACCAUCCAGCAAACACAGAAUAUCAGUCAUCAACACUUCUAAUGGUGCUAAAAUGUCAGCCUACGAAGCAUAUAAGGCUGGCCACAUUGACAAGAGAACCUACCUGUUUCUCUCACAACAAGAGAGCGAAUGGCAGGAGAUAACAAUCAUGGACUCGAGUAGGAACCUUCUACACAUCCUAACAGACCAUAAGAGUGGGCGGCAGCUUUGCAUUGAAAAUGCUCUUAGUCUGAAAAUUCUCCAAAUGGAAGAGCUCAACAGCUACCGCAGUGGUCAGCUGAGUAUUUCUGAGUUCGCUGAUCUUUUGAUUUCCAGAAGAGUUGUCUUCAGUGUUCCAAACAGUCCUGUUGCAGGACUCUGGGAUGUUUCUUUGAAGAAACGACUCCCGGUUUUCAAAGGACACCAGCAGAACCUUGUGGACCGACUCUCGGCACUGAGGUUGCUAGAAGCCCAGGCUUGCACAGGAGGCAUCUGUGAUCCAGCAUCUGGAGAAAGGGUUCUGAUUAAAGAAGCACAACAUCGAGGACUCUUGGAUGAAGGUUUUGCCAGGCAGCUCCAGCAAUGUGAGCAAGCCUAUUAUGGUAUCAUUCACCCUCAGAAUGGAAAGACUUUGACUGUGGCCCAGGCGAUGCAAGAGAACCUUUUCCCGAAAGACGUUGGAGUGAAGUGUCUUGAGUUUCAACUGACGACUGGUGGGCUCAUUAACCCAGAGAGCCAGCAGAGAGUCUCUUUGGAGGAUGCGAUACAGAAUUGCUUGAUCGACAAAGCAACUGCCGCACAUCUUCAACACGACAAUUUGCUUUCAAAAUGCAUCACCUGCCCCAAAACCAAGCGAAAAAUCUCUUUCAAGGAAGCUCUAGAAAAGAGUGUCUUUGACAGCCACACUGGGUUCGUCCUUCUUGAAGCAACAAAACCUCACAGUGCUGGCAAUACUUCUUCCUUCCAAUACUUCUGGACCUAUCGGCACUUCUGAUAUAGUUCUGGACAGUGUCUGUCUAUAAUCAGACCAUUAUUGGUGAAUGUUUUAUGAAUGGUGGAAAAAGUCAUUUACAUGGCUAGUAUAUUUGCUACCCUUUGUGUUGGAGGAUUAUCUAAUAUAAAAGAUUAUAUUUUUAUCCUGAAAAAUAUCAUAAUGGUGACAAUGGGAGUCUUUAAAUAUGGGAUUUUUUCUACUGUAAGAUAUUAUUUAAAAAUGUCUCAUAUCUUGUGAUCCAUAUUUUUUUCUUUUCAAUGGCAUUUUUAAUUUAUUGCCAAGCAUGCUUCCACAUAAAAUGGCUGGGAGCUUAAUAGACCUGCUGAUUUCUUGUUGUAUAUUGUAUUCAAAUAUAGAAUUUGUUAUGCUAAUUAUUAAUGUUUUACUUUGUUUUCUAAUCCACCCUACAAUUUUCCCCAA